UUUCAGAUUUCAGAUCUAGCUUAUCACCCUGCCAGUUCCUUCCAGCCUUUGGAUAUUCCUCUGCCUCUUUGCUGACGGAUCUGCUAGGGUGAAGAAAGGAGCUGUUACAGCUCUUUUUCUCUUUCCCUCUUUCUUCUUUCUUUUAAAUUCUUUGGUGAAAGUUCCCAAACUGUCUUUUUCCAGUCUCCACCUUUGAGUCGCGUCAGUCGUGAUAACAGGGAUUUAACAACGACAACACAGAUCUUGUACCCAAACUACGGAGGGAUGCUGCUCACUUUACUUGAAGCCAUAAUGAAAGACGGAACACUUUCCUUCAUCCAGUGACUGGCCAGACCCCAGAAGAAAAUAACCACUUUGGAUUGCAAAGAUCGGUCUUUGACAUGUCAAGCAAAGCAAGUAGCAAGCGGCCGGCAGCAGUCAGUAGUGAAUCCUCCAAUCACACAGAGGUGCCACAGGAACGACCAAAUGGCAGGGCAUCAUCACGUACUUCCAGGAAAGGAAUUGCUUUUGGAAAACGUUCUAAUUCCAUGAAGAGGAAUCCCAGUGCUGCGGUGACCAAGAAUGGUUGGCUCUUCAAGCAGGCCAGCUCUGGAGUCAAGCAGUGGAAUAAGCGCUGGUUUGUAUUGGUGGAUCGCUGCCUUUUUUACUACAAAGAUGAGAAGGAGGAAAGCGUCUUGGGCAGCAUCCCACUUCUCAGUUUUCGAGUGGCAGCUGUCCAGCCGUCGGAUAACAUCAGCAGGAAAUAUACCUUUAAGGCUGAACAUGCUGGCAUCCGGACCUAUUUCUUCAGUGCUGAGAACAAUGAAGAACAAGAAUCCUGGAUUCAAGCCAUGGGUGAGGCUGCCCGGGUUCAAAUCCCACCUACUCAAAGGUCAGUUGUUCAAAAGAUGGGUGGCAAGAGUUUAGCACUGCAAAAUCAUCAUCAUCAUCACCAGCGGAGUAUCCUUACCAGGGAGCUUGCCAAAGCUGAGUUGGAAGCAAAGACCAGAGGAGAAGGGGAUGGACGUGGUUCCGAGAAGAUUGAAAGAAAACCAGAGCGUGUUGCAAAUAAGAAAGAGACACUGGUGAAAACCAAUGGCAUUGCCAGUCAAGAUACACCCUCGGAGCCUGGAAGCCCUUAUCCAGAACCAGCUCGUGUGCCAGCUGGAGUGGAGAGAACCACACAACCAAAUGGUUGGCAGUAUUCAUCUCCAACUCGUCCUGGCAGCAUGGCCUUUCCACAGCAUGAUGGAGAUACUGUUAUCUCUCGUCGGAGCUUUGCACCUCGCACUAAUCCAGAAAAGAUUGCUCAGAGGAAAAGCUCCAUGACCCAGUUGCAACAGUGGGUCAAUUUGCGCCGUGGAGUUCCCCCACCCGAAGAUCUCCAUAGCCCCAACAGAUUCUUCCCAAUGUCUCGGAGAGUACCUGAUUAUUAUCCUCCCUAUUCAUCCCAGUACUCGGAGGAUUACCAGUAUUAUCCACCUGGUAUGCGUCCUGACAGUAUCUGUUCUAUGCAUGCCUAUGAACGUGUGAGCCCACAGUGGGCUGUGGAGGACAAGCGCCACGCCUUCCGCAACAGCAGCUCAUUCCAGCUGCGGGAGUGGAAAGAACAGCCUGGCUAUAGCAGACAAGAUAUGCCCAUGUGGAUCCCAGGCCCCACACGGCAGCCAGUGUACUAUGAUGAAAUGGACGCUGCCUCAGGUUCCCUCCGCAGGAUGUCCCUUCAGCCUCGCUCGCGUUCGGUCCCCAGCUCACCAAGUCAAGGAUCCUACAAUAGGACCAGAGUCUACUCUCCAGUAAGGUCGCCCAGUGCCCAUUUUGAACGAAUGCCUUCUCGAAAUGAGGAGAUAUAUGCUGAGCCAUCGACUUACAUGAUGAGACGAUCUGUCAGUUCCCCAAAGGUGUCUCAUUUCCCUGAAGCAUAUAGAGAGACCCUGCACACCUACAAGAUAAAUGAGCAACACACAGAUAAGCUUCUAGGAAAACUCUGUGAACAAAACAAGGUGAUAAGAGAACAGGAAAGACUGGUACAGCAGCUUCGAGCAGAAAAGGAGAGUCUAGAGAGUGCACUGAUGGGGACACACCAGGAACUAGAGAUGUUUGGGAGUCAGCCAGCCUACCCUGAAAAGCUGCUGCACAAAAAGGAGUCUCUUCAGAAUCAGUUGAUCAAUAUUCGGGUGGAACUGUCCCAAGCCAGCACGGCACUGGCCAACAGCACUAUGGAAUAUGAUAAUCUGGAAGCUGAGGUGUCAGCCUUGCAUGAUGAUUUAUGGGAACAGCUGAACUUGGACAUCCAGAAUGAAAUGCUGAACAGGCAAAUCCAGAAAGAGAUCUGGCGGAUCCAGGAUGUGAUGGAGGGACUCAAAAAGAACAACCCCUCUCGGGGCACAGAUACCGCAAAACACCGAGUGGCCCUUGGCCCAUCAGGAACUUACAGCUCCAACAGUCCAGCCAGUCCUCUGAGUUCAGCUAGCCUCACAAGCCCCCUGAGCCCUUUCUCUCUUGUGUCUGGAUCCCAGAGUUCCCCUACCAAGCAAGGCAGCAAUGAGUCAAAGUCCAGCUUUGAGCAGAGCAAGAAGGACCAUCACCGGGCAUCAGCCUCACAUUCAACAGUGGAGGCUGGUCUCUUGCAGUCAAGACAGGAUCAAGAUGCUGAUAAGCAAGUGGCACUCAACAAAGUUGGUAUUGUUCCUCCAAGAACUAAGUCACCAAUGGAUGAUGAGCUCUCACCAACAUCAGGUGUGGUGAGGAGGAGUGCCAACGGGCGGGAUUCUCGGGACAGGCCAAAGAGUGCUGUGUUUUCCAAUGAGAUGAAAGCAAAGAUGAGUGUGGAGGAACAAAUUGAUCGCAUGAAACGCCAUCAAAGCAGUUCUAUGAAGGAAAAGAGACGGAGCUUGCAACUUCCAGCCAAUCAGCAACAGACCGAUAGCCCUCUCUCAAAAGCACCAGCCUCUUAUAAAGUGGUUCGCAGGCAUCGCAGUAUCCAUGAAGUGGAUAUAUCUGAUCUGGAGGCAGCAUUGCGCUCUGAAGAUUCUGGCAAGAUGUAUGAAAGCCCCCGAGAUGAGAUUGCUCGCCUGCGCAAAAUGGAGCUGGAGCCUGAGCAUUAUGAUGUGGACAUCAGCAAGGAGCUUUCCACUCCAGAUAAAGUCCUCAUUCCAGAAAGGUAUAUUGAGUUGGAACCUGAUACUCCACUGAGCCCUGAGGAGAUGAAGGAGAAACAAAAGAAAGUGGAAAGGAUAAAAACAUUGAUUGCUAAAUCCAGCAUGCAGAAUGUCAUCCCCCUCAGCGAGGGAGAAAUAGAAUUGGCCCAGGACUCAGAGACUCAGUUACAGGAGCAGGAAAAGCGAAUUGAGAUCUCCUGUGCUUUAGCUACAGAAGCCUCCCGACGAGGCCGCAUGCUGUCUGCUCAAUGUGCUACCCCGAGCCCUCCCACUUCCCCAGCUUCCCUGACUCCACCGACCAAGUCCCUCUCGUCUGACUCAUCCCAGAGCACCGACAGUCAUUUUAUGCGUGUCUGAACUUUAAACACAAGCCCUGGCUGCUGUGAAUGCUAUGAAGUUCAAUGGAGCCACAUUUUAACACAUGAAUUUGCCCUCUCAACUCUACUGCUUAAUAAUGUAUACAACCAUUCAUGUGAUUUGCCAACUAUCUCCUGCAGUUGAACUGCAGAAACAUUCAGGAAGGAAAGCUGCCUCUGAAGAGAACAAGUGUGCUUUUGUCUUUGCUCUGGUUCUCCUCCCACUGCUGCCAAAGCCUGUACCAAAACCUCUCAGAUGCCUAGUCUAUAAAAGCAAUUAAAGAAGCAGCAUCCAGGAGAAGUUCCAUUCUGCAAGUUGGCUUCUUCAGCCCUGCAGGAAGUCUCAAGACAAAGGACCGGUGGCUAAAGCAUCAGCAGAAGCAUCAAAUAAUUUGAACUGAAAAAGGAAAGCAGCAGGGGAAUGUACAAUUUCCUAUCCAUUUCCUAAAUUACUAACCUCCAUCACUUAUUUUUAUUUUACUUUUUUCUCACUUUGAGGGAAGAGAAAUAUAUAAAUAAUAGAUUGUCAUGGCAGCCAGAGACUUUAUAACCACUUUAUUGUUGAAUUGAACAACAUAUUUUUCUUCCCCACACUUUGUUUCCAUCUGCCAAUCUAAUUGGCUCUAGAAACUUUAAUCUAUGGAACUAAGCAACCCAUGCAUGGUCAUGCUGCCUACACUUAUAUCUAAAAGAAAGGAGGGAACACCACUGAACUUUGUGGAUACGGCAGAUGAAGAAAACAGAAGGUUGUCAGUGAAAAAACAGAAGCAGUUUGGAAUCUGCUAAUUCUUUGGAAUCUUGCAAUGGCUGUGAUAUGUUGAAGAGUCCCCCCACUCACUUUUUCAAAGUUUACGAGGAAGAUGGAAUAGGAGGUAUGUGCAAUGUACGUGGACAUGUAAUAGAAGUGUGGAUGAAAGAGGCAAAAGGGAAGGAUGGUUACAAAAGAAUUCAGUUUGAUGGGAUAAACCAUUUUGUGUGUUUUAAGCUUACUGUGACUCGGAAGUGGGACUGGAAGGUGACAUAUUUAUCCUCAUACCAGAACCAAUUCAAAAUAGUGCCACUCAACUCUUGGUUCUCCGGGAUAUAAGUUGGAGCCAGAAAGAAAACUGUAUGCUGUGAAGAGCUCAGCAUAAAGAAACUAAUGAAAUAGUAAGGCUGCAAGAGAAAUGGAAAUGUGUCUGAACUUGACUAAAGCAAGCUAUGAGUUGAUUCCAUAAUAUGUGUAAAUCAAUUCUCUCCUAUUUAUCAUUGGGAGGAGAAAGUGAGGCUUCUUCAAUUUCUGCCAUUUGUAGCAUUUCUCUCAACUUUAGAAUAACAAAACAACAUUUGCUUUGAAGUAGAAUUCUCUCACUUUCUAACACAGUGCGUUUCAUCCAGCUCUAUCCAAGCUAUAGCUGUAAUAACAAUGGCUGAUGAUUUUUCAGAGGAGCUAAGCUCCUACAUCAAAAGUGCAAGUCCUUUACUGUAUUUGCUUCUAUCAGCAUCUGAAAGGUGGCUGCUUCCCCAAAUGAGUCCUCAUUUUUUUCCCUAAAGAAAUUGUGAAAAUAACUCAGAAGGACAGGACAGAGGAGAGUUACUGUGCAGAAAAAGGACUUGGGAAAUUUACUCUUGUCAAGUACAGAAAGUACCAAGAUGUCCUAACUUAUAUUAUGCUAGAUCAAAGAUCUAACUUUGACCUUUUCCAAACUGCAGUUGUACACUAAAAGGUUUAUACAUGGGGAAUGCUGAACUGAAUACCAUUUAAAGCUAAGAUGACUGUACCUCUUUAAUAAUAAUCAGACUCUGCAUUAAACCUUGCAACACCUCAUAAUCAGAAUUCCAUACAGUUGAACUUGGGCACAGACAGGACUUUUCACCCAACGUAGUGUUUUUGAAAACAAUCUGUUUUAUUAAUACAUGGAUCAAAAUAUAAUUGGAUGAUCAUGUUGCCCACACAUUUAUUUCAAAGGCUACCAAAAUUGAUCAUGCCUAAUAUAAAGCCAACUAGAAUCGAUGUUAUGGAAGCGAAUAAAAUUGUUCUAGUUA